AUGGCUGAACAUUACCCAAGCCUAACCCUCACGCAAACACCGACAAGACCCACAACCACCACCACCACCACUACCUCAGCAUCAUUGCAUCGUAAACUUCAAGAACAAGUCUCAAACUCAACCCAACUCUUUGGCCUCUUAACUCUUCUUGUAACAGGGGCCAUCUUGCUCCUCCUCACAGGCAUAACCGUGGCAGCAACCAUUCUGGGUCUGAUCUUUUUCACGCCACUGAUCAUCGUGACGAGCCCAAUAUGGGUCCCAGCUUUCGCCAUUUUCUUCCUCUUCACAGCAGGGUUCUUAUCCAUGUGCGGGUUUGGCGUUGUUGUAGUUGCUGUGUUCUCCUGGAUGUACCGUUACUUCAGGGGACUCCGACUGGCCGGUUCGGACCGGGUCUACUACGCACGUAACCGGUUUAACGACAUUGCGAGCCAUGUCAUAGACUACGGAGGUUAUAUGCAGAGAAAGGCAAUGGAUGCUGCGCCUGGAGCUUGA